AUUUAUUUUUACGUAUAAUAGUUUUUGAGCUUUCCAUGACUAUCAAGUUAAUAUAUUAGUCCAUAUGGAUAAUAAUCAUAACUUGGAAGCGCUCUCUUUGACUUUAGUGGAGUAUGUGAAGGGUGAUUUUUAUGGGAAAACAUUGGCCUUAACUUCUCUUCUCCCUUUAUUUCUAAUUAGUUCGAUGGCCACUGUUAUCUUUAUCAGAAGAGACCUGCAAACAAUUUUUUUUUUUACGGGCGUUAUUUUAAAUGAACUCCUCAAUUUUAUCCUAAAAACUGUUUAUAACCAAGCAAGACCAACGUUUACGGGAUAUCACCAUAGAGGCGUGUACAGCAAGGCUGGCAUGCCUUCUAAUCACGCACAGUUCGUCUCCUUCUUCGCGUUUUACCUCUCUUGGUUUUUGGUUAUGAAGUGUGAAACACUAAAAGGAUGGAAGAUCUUGCACAUAGCGGUAAUAUGGGCUCCCUCAGUGCUUUGUAUUACUUCAAGAGUUUAUCUUCGUUAUCACACACUCGAGCAGGUCUUAUCCGGCAUGUUCUUCGGUUUUAUAUUUUUUCUUAUAUGGGCCAGUUUGACUUCAACUGUGAGGCCAUCUUAUGGGAAGUUAACAGCGCUCCCUCUAUGUCGAUUCUUUCUUAUUAAGGAUACGUCGAAAGUGAAGAAUAUUACAGAGUUUGAGUGCGAGUGCGUUCACCAAUUCAACUUGAGUAUUAAUAAAAAAGAUUAG